GCCCCGCCUCCUGGUGCCAGACAGGGAGGGGCCUGAGGAAUCCCGCCGGCCGCAGCCGGGCUCGUCUUGUGCACAAGACCUGCCUGCGGGGGCCUGUUGCCGGGGCGGCGUUCAAGGCUCCCGCGGCCCCGCCACCUCGGAAGGUGGGGCUGGCUGACUCGCGAAAGGGCGCCGCCUUGCUUGGGGCAGGAAGCAGCUCCUCUGGGACUAGAGAGGCGGCGGCGGCGGCAGCCUGCUUGAGGAGGACCGAAUGUUGGCUUCCCUGCCUUUCUGAGGCUGUGAGGUUUUCAGUAACGCCAUGAUUUCAUCCAAUGAAUAUGGUCCCAAUUCCUGGGAGCUCCUUGUUACUAUUGAUCAUCAGUAUGAAGGAGAGCAGAAGGAGUGUACACUUCGUGUCUCAGGGGAUCUCCACGUUGGCGGAGUGAUGCUCAAGCUGGUGGAACAGAUCAAGGUAACUCGGGACUGGUCUGACUAUGCCCUUUGGUGGGAGCAAAGGCAGUGCUGGCUUCUGAAAACCCAUUGGACGCUGGAUAAAUAUGGGGUGCAGGCAGAUGCCAGGCUCCUGUUCACUCUUCAGCACAAAAUGCUACGUGUUCGCUUGCCGAGCAUGAAAACAGUGAGGCUGAAUGUCAGCUUCUCUUCAGUGGUCUUCAAGGUCGUUGUCAACAUCUGUAAGACCCUUGGUAUUAGACGAGCGGAAGAACUUUCCCUGCUGAGGCAAUCAGAAGACACAAAAAAGAAAAGGAAGAAAGACAAGAACAAAGAACCAGUUAUAGAAGAUAUUUUAAAUUUGCCCCAGUCCCCAGGGAGUUUAGGAUUACCAGCAAGUCCUGGCUUAUACAGCAAAACCAUGAGUCCCAUUUACAGUCCAACCAGUGGUACGCCUGACUCUUCGACACUUGCAUGGUUCGGGGACAGCCUGCUAGCCAAACAGAACUGGAACAACCUUGCUUCCAACCAACCCAUCUGUACACCAGAAACACUUGUGGAAAUGUACCAGCCCCGAACUUUAGUUGACAAAGCCAAGCUCAGCGCUGGGUGGCUAGAUUCAUCUCGAUCGCUUAUGGAACAAGGGAUCCAGGAGGAAGAUCAGCUGUUGCUACGCUUUAAAUAUUACACAUUCUUCGAUUUGAACGCAAAAUAUGAUGCGAUUCGGAUCAACCAGCUGUACGAACAGGCCCGAUGGGCUAUCCUGCUGGAAGAAAUUGACUGCACAGAGGAAGAGACCUUCAUCUUUGCUGCAUUGCAAUAUCACAUCUGCAAGCUGUCAUUAUCAGGGUCACAAGAUUUCACAACUGAAGCUGAAACCGAUGAAGUGGAGGCAGCUCUUUUGAAUCUGGAAGUAGCUCUAGAAGGUGGAAAAAUGGAGAGUAUUUUGGAGGACAUCACAGACAUACCAAGACUUGCAGAUAACCUCAAGUUAUUUAGAUCCAAAAAGUUAAUGCUGAAAGCCUUCAAGGAAUAUUGGUUUGUCUUCAAGGACACGUCAGUAUCUUAUUUUAAAAAUAAACAAGCUGAACAUGGAGAACCAAUUGAGAAACUGAACCUAAGAGGGUGUGAAAUUGUGCCAGAUGUAAGUGUAUCAGGGAAGAAAUAUGGAAUUAAGUUGCUCAUUCCUGUUGCUGAUGGAAUGAAUGAAGUACACUUGAGAUGUGAUAACGAGAAUCAGUAUGCCAGGUGGAUGGCUGCUUGCACCUUGGCUUCCAAAGGGAAGACCAUGGCCGAUAGCUCGUACCGUCUUGAAGUCCAUAACAUCCUGUCAUUCUUGAAAAUGAAAACCAGGGCCACUGCUCCCCAGGCUGUUUCCGACCCAGAAAGCAUGGAUAUGAAACCAGAGUGCUUUGUCUCGCCACGAUACGCAAAGAAAUACAAGUCCAAACAGCUAACAGCUCGCAUUCUAGAAGCCCACCAAAACAUUUCCCACUUGUCUCUGAUGGAAACCAAACUUCGGUUCAUCCAGGUGUGGCAGUCGCUUCCUGAGUUUGGAUUGGCAUACUACAUUGUAAGAUUUAAAGGAAGCAAGAAAGAUGAUCUCCUGGGAAUCUCUUAUAACAGACUGAUAAGGAUCGAUACAGCCACUGGGGAUCCAAUUACAACAUGGAGAUUCUCAAACAUGAAACAAUGGAAUGUGAACUGGGAGAUACGACAGGUGGCUAUUGAAUUUGAUCAGAACGUGUCUAUUGCUUUCACAUGCCUGAGCACUGACUGCAAGGUAGUCCAUGAAUACAUCGGAGGCUAUAUUUUCCUGUCCACCCGUGCCAAAGACCAGAACGAAACGUUGGAUGAAGACUUGUUCCAUAAAUUAACUGGAGGAUGGGAGUGAGGUGAUGCCACACCUGGAUUAUCUCAGCUCAAGAAAACUGCAAAACGAUACUCAUCUCUUCUGAACAGGAGCAGGGCGUUAGGCUGUUCUGGUCUUAAAUCUCUUUCACCCCAUCCAUCUAACUUAUCUCAGGGGUUAACCAAGUUAAAUUUAAAUACUUGAAGCUUGUUUCACUCUAACAAAAUAGUAUGGAGAGGGAAUACACAGUUCUGUUCCUCUGCCAUUUUUAUUGCUCAGUCAUCCUGUUGAAAACAGUUAAGACCCUGCUCCUUUGCAUGCAAAGGAUACCAGUUGCUCUUCCCAUCCUCACUUCCUAUUUCUAUGUGGUCUGCUCUGCACAUAAGAGUGCCUUGCCACUGACCUCUUUUAUUUCCCCCCCCCCUGCAUUUGCAGGAUAUGCUUGACAUGCUUAGGCUGGAGUCAGAUGACAGGCUUAGAGUGUUUUGGCCACGUCUCUAAUUUAAUCCUUAUUUUUUGUGCUACAGACUUUUGUCUAAACAUCUACCCUUAAUCUGUUGUUCCACAUGCCAUGGUUGACUGUUCAAAUUAUUGCUGCACAGUAACCAUGAAGCAGUCAGACAGGCAGCAUCCUUUUGUUUCUUUUGCUUUUCACACAUGCACAUAAGUGCGUAGCCAAAGCACUGGCUUCUUUUUGUCAGCUCUGCAAUCCCUCUGCCAAGUACUGUGAUCAUUAGUUCCUACACUACUAUAUUUCUCCACCAGAAAUCUUUCCCACCUGAACUUAUUCCCUUCCCCACUCGUUUCAUAGGGAAGUUUUCCCUUUUCCUCUCUCCAUAGAGCUUUCCUGCCAGAUCAAUAUUAUGACUUGGAGUAAAGUUCUGGGGGCAGUGUCCUGGCCACCGAUAUUGGAGCCUAAAUAUCAACUAUUUCCAGUGCCAUCCCACCCCAAGAAAUGGCACAAAGGGUCGUUUUUCUUGAAGUUGUUACUCUAAAACAACUCCCUUGGAGGCUCCCAAUUCUGGCGGAAUAUUUGGGCACUGAAAUGAGCAAGUGGUGAUUGACAACCCUGCCACAAAGAUCCGAUAACGCACACAUUGCUAACUGAAUUUUUUUAAAGGAGCAAAAAUGGAAGAUUCAGAUUUCCCGAACAGCUUGAGAUUGCAGCUGAGAGUUCAGACAUCCAGAAAUGCAGGGUGAAACCAGCUGCAGUCAUAAAGACCAGGCUGAGUGCUGUUGCCGAGAAAGUCACAAUCAGAGUGGGGUGGGAACAAUGACUGGGGAACAGGAUACUGAUGAUGCUGUUUGAACAUGAAGUUUAAAUCCAAAGGGAACAGCAAUGACAUCAGAUCAAAGAGCUCAUCUGAUCACAGCCUUAGGAUACCAAAAGGAUUGUGCCCUUGCUGGUUUCCCCCCACCCCCUUCAAAUUAAUGCUACGAGCAAAGCACAAGUGGUGUGGGGGGAUUUUUUUCUCUUGCCGUGUGUGGUUUAAAAUGGUUUUUCUAUGAGCAGAAUACAUCUGCACAUGGAAGGUCUGCAAUCCAUAAACAAAAGGCAUCUUCUGCCUGCAGGAGCUUGGUAGAGUUGCCUGCUCUGGGUUGGGAAAUACUUGGAUAUUUUGGGGGUAGAGUCUGGAGAGGACAGUGUUUGGGGAGGGGAGGGACCUCAGGAGGAUAUAAUGCCACAGAGCCCAACCUCCAAAGCACCCAUUUUAUCCAGGGGAAUUGAUGCGGGAUUUUUAAGAGUCUACUCUUGUCAAUUUUAAUUAUCUACAGGGAAGAAAGGUGCUAAUGCAGCAGGAACAAAAUGCUGUGUUUAUGUGUUAUGAAUAAAGUUAUAUAUGUUUUUAUAGGAAGAGGCAUAUUUUUAAUUCUUGCAAUAAUAUUCAAAUCUACAACUACAAUGUUUAUUUUUGUUACUGUUACUUGUUUUGUCAAAGGUGGACUUUUUUCUUUUGUCUCCAUCCAUUUUUUUUUAAAGUUUAUGAAAUGUUUUAAACUGUUUUUCACAUUUUCAUAACCAUUUAGAAUUCAAAUGGUAAAAUAUUUGCUUUUGGGAGCUGUGUUCCUACAGGUUGCAAUGUAGUUCUUAUUUGGGGUAGAACUGACAGCCUUUGAUUGUGGUUUUAAUUUUGUACUGCUUGAUACCACCUAAGAGAGGGCAGGAAGCAACCAGAGCCACCAGGCAUCUGAGAAUCUUCUUUCCAAGGAACAUUUUUAAUCGAAUUCUGAAUUGUAUUGCAUUUUAUUACUGUAAGCUGUUUGGUAAUCAAUUAUUGGAUGAAAGGGGUUAUAAAUAAAAGUCUUUAAAAUAAUUCUAAAA